UGAAGUUUAACUCAGCUAAAAAUCAAUUUUCCUGAAAUCUGUUUUUCAAGUCCUCAAGUUUCUGAUUGAUCUGCAGCAACAAAAUGGAACUAGACGAAAUCGCAAUUGAUUGCAUAAGCGUUUGCAAUGAUGCGGCAGCAACACCGGAUUCAUCAAGCACCAUUACUAUUGACAGCAUCCCGAAGAUAAGGGAUGCAGAUGCAGAAGCAGAAACCUCUUCAAACAAGGGAGAUACUGAGCAGGUAGCAGCAGCAAUGUCUCAUUUAAAUGAAAGGAUAGCUGAUGCUGAUGAUGAAGAUGACGAUUCAACGGAUUACGUAGAACUUAGGCUUGAUGUUAGAGAUUCAGUUACAGUUGUAAAGGAAACUUUUUUUUACAGGUACAAGAGUGAUUAAAAAACAAAAUUACCAAGAUUACUGGAAAACCGAAAUGAAAAUUCGCGAAAAGGCAAGAAUGGAACUGCAAAAUUACAUGAUAUGUUAUGAUCUGUGGGGCGUCAUUGACGGAGGUGAGCCCUGACCUUCUAAAUAUGCUUGGUUUGGUUAUAAUUACUAUAUUUGGAAAGUGAAAGAAAAGAAGGCUCGUGAAUCCAUGAAAUCAAUAGUUGGAUCGACCGAACUAGUGAACUGUGGCAUGUUGGAAUCCGACGCUGCCAAGGAAGGUUGGGACAAGUUAUUUGCAGCUGAAUCUUUACUCAAAGGUAAGAUCGAUGAAUCUCGUAUACAAUAAUUUACCAAUAGCUAAGCAAAUCUCAAUUAGUAUAUGUAGCUAGGAGACCCCAGGCUCAGAGAAAUAUUGCUAGGACUAGGCCAGUUACUCGCGCGAUGGCCUAAGCUCAGGACAAUAUUGCGUGGGCUAGUUAUGUGCACGUCGGCCUAAGCUCAGGGCAAUACUGCUGGGACUAGGCAAGUUAUAUAUGUAUGCGCGUGAUAGCCUAGGAUCAGCAAUGUCUUCAUUGAAUUUAAUCAUAAUGCUAAAAAUUUGAUAUCAUUGGCCAGAGAGAUAUGUGAAGAUGGUAGAAGCAGCAACAAAAGCGAAGGAAGAUCUAGACGAAGUUAGAAAAGCUAAUGAUGAGUUUCUAACCCCGAGCAAUUAUCAUAGUUUCAAACUGUAUCUAAAGCAGAUGUUGAUAAGCUAAUAUCUUUGGGGUAUUGUGGAUGGAAGUGAUUGUCGAACGAGCGAUAACUACCGUAGAUGGGAGGAAAUGAAUAAGGCGGCUUUAAGAGUCAUACAAUCAAGUUGUGGACCAGAAAUAUUAGUCCACACCGAAGGAACACAAUUCGCUCAAGAAGCUUGGAGCAAGAUAGCACGAGCAGCUGGUGAUUUUGCGAUUAUAUCUGUCACCAGUUUUCUUAUUCGGUUCAUUACAAUUUCGUAUCUUCUAUGACACAGUCAUGUCUACCUAUGGCCGUGGUAUUUUUCACAGGAAAACAGAAUCGUCUUCUUUCCAACAGAAACAACAACUUUUGCUACCAUGCAACAUGAUUGGUCUUUUGAUCGUCGGUAGAGAAUUUUUACGAUCACUGUAGCUAACCAUCUUUGGUAUAUUUGUUGGAUAUUUGGUUGUACCAAUUUGUAUAAAGUUA